GGCCAUUCCAGAACUCUUCCAAACUGUUUGCUGAACAACAAAAGAGCAAAACGUUGUGCAUUUGCAUUAACUUUUCUUAGAUUUACAUAAAUUCAGACACGGAGAGUAUCUGUCCUUUCACUUACAGGGAAACUAGCAAAAACUCCAUGUGCGGAGGGAAUGUGUUUGAAUGCAUUUAUGUAUUUAAUCCACAGCGUUCAUCUUUCUGUCCUGUGUCCAUUAAAAAUCUGGGCAGAUAAUCAGUUUUGUUCUUCUUUCAUGAUGCUGUGUCCCGAAGUCAAGAGGAAAUGCCCAGGAAUUCAACCACUGGCCAACUUUGCAUUGGGAAGUGGCUUCCUGAGAGGCAACAUAUGUAAAUAAGCGCUGAGGAGGGCUGGGAAGUAGGGUAGGUAACACGAUGAGAGGAAGCAAGAGGAGUAGAAAGGAGUGACAGGAGAUGACACAGCCUGUCAGAAGACUGGAAAGGGGGAGGGAGGUUUUCAGCUGUGAUGUUUGUGAACUUCUCUUUGCUAACACAGCACAGAUGGAGGUCGUGGUUCUCAUUCACAGGGUGACAGACACGUUCUUAACACAAGCAAAAUACUCUGAAAGUAAUCACUGUUGUGCGCCACAAGCUGCAGCCACCACAGGCUGGCUCUACCAUCCCAAAUAUAAAUCGUCAUGUUCAAAGAUCAAAUCAGAGCUGCCCUUCACUCAGGGUGCCCUUCAUCUGAGGUCAGUGAGUUGUAGGGUGAGGAUUACGUAAGAGGCGCAGAUGAAGGGAACCAAUGAGGAGAUGGCCGUGGGUAGCUCUGACUUCAGAUAACGAGGAUUUCUUUGUCUUACAGGCAUCCACAGGGGCCCUGGAACAUUUGGACACUAAGAAGCUGUUUCUGUCCUCCUAGCCAGAAUGAUUGGUCCCUGGAAGCAGCAGAGGCCGCCCCUGACUGAGGGAAGCAUGUUCCGGCUGAUGAGGGAUGGCGAGCCGGAGGACCCCAUGUUUGCCAUGGACCCCUUUGCCAUCCACCGGCAGCACAUGAACCGCGUGCUUUCUGGAAGUUUUGGUUUCGGCCCGCUCCUUGGCAUCACUGAUGGGACCACACCUGGGGCUCGCCAGGCUGGCCGUAGGAUGCAGGCAGGAGCUGUUUCACCCUUCGGGAUGCUGGGCAUGGCAGGUGGCUUUAUAGAUAUGUUUGGGAUGAUGAACGACAUGAUCGGAAACAUGGAGCAUAUGACAAGUGGUGCUAACUGCCAGACAUUUACCUCCUCAACUGUCAUCUCCUAUUCCAACCUGGGUGAUGGGCCCAAAGUCUAUCAAGAGACCUCAGAGAUGCGUUCAGCACCUGGUGGGAUCCGCGAGACUAGACGGACCGUAAGGGACUCGGACAGUGGCUUGGAACAAAUGUCAAUCGGGCACCACAUCAGGGAGCGGGCCCACAUCAUGCAGCGGUCCCGGAACCAUCGCACAGGCGACCAGGAGGAGAGGCAGGACUACAUCAACAUGGAUGAAAGUGACGCAGCGGCGUUUGAUGAUGAGUGGAGGCGAGAGACCUCCCGUUUCCGGCCCCAGCGGGGGCUGGAUUAUCGGCGCCAUGAGGGCAGCAGCAGCCGUCGGGCUGAAGGGACUCGUCUUGCAAUCCAGGGCCCUGAGGAUUCUCCCUCCAGACAGUCCCGUCGAUAUGACUGGUGAACCCAGAGCAGACCUUGUGGGGGGUGCAGCGUGGCCACCCCCAAAUCUACCUACACACUCUUGUACAGACAGUGAAACUCUGAAGCCCCUUCAAAGUAGCACUUGGACCCUCCUCAAAUUUAGUAUUAACCUCCCUCCCACUUAAGAAUUGAAACAAAGCAACUAAUCUUCUGCAUUGCUCUUUUUUGCCCAUUUGGGUACUGCAGUGGGGUGUGGGGAAUAUCACUGAUGUGUGAGGAACGCAUUCAUUGCCCAUUCCCUUUCUGCUCUCCUUUGGUUCUGUUCUUUCUGCCAGUAGUGGUGGGCGUGAGGAGCUGCCACCUUGCCUCUUCCAUCCUUUCCACUCUUUCUGUGCUGGGUUGGGCUGGUUCUGAAGUUUGUGUUUAAUCCCCUGUGAAAGAAGUACGAGGGAAUUCUGCUAGAACCCUGUGUUGGUCCCCUCACCGGGCCAGAGGCUUUGAUUUCUCUCCUGCUCCUUGGUGCAGCAAUGGAGAAGCAGAAGGAUGUGUGCGUUAGAGAAGGGAAGGAGCAGAACAAAAGCUGGAUCAACCUGUGGGGCCCCCCCCCUCCCCUGACUCCUCUUCAAUCAGCUCCCCCACUUUUUUAAUUUGUGAAACUUGUAACUAGGUGUUUACUGAAUAAAGAAACAAACUGUAAAGAA